AUGCCUCGACUCGCAGCAGCUCGCUAUGGCAAGGACAACAUCCGCGUGUACAAGGUCGAGAGAGAUGAAGCCACCAAGACACACACAGUCUACGAGAUGACUGUCUGUGUGUUGUUGGAGGGCGAGAUAGAUGUAUCGUACACCAAAGCCGACAACAGCGUCGUGGUCGCAACCGAUACAAUGAAGAACACUACCUACAUCAUGGCGAAGCAGAAUCCCGUCCACCCUCCCGAGCUCUUCGCCUCCAUUCUGGGCACCCACUUCAUCCAAACCUACAAACACAUUCACACGGCCCACAUCAGCGUCAUGCAACACAGGUGGACGCGCAUGACCAUAGACGGCAAACCACAUCCUCACUCAUUUUUCCGCGACGGCAACGAGAAGAGACUGGUGCAAGCAGAUGUCAUCGAGGGCAAGGGCAUUGAGGUCAAGUCCGGCAUCUCCGACUUGCUGGUCCUGAAGAGCACGGGCUCACAAUUCCACUCGUUUGUCCGCAACGACUUCACAACACUCCCCGAAGUCUAUGACCGUAUCCUCAGCACGUCAGUGGAUGCCAACUGGAACUGGUCAACCUUCUCCAGCCUGGAGGCCGUCAAGAAGAGCGUCGCCAAGUUCGAUGAGACAUGGAGCAAAGUACGAGAGAUCACCUUCCGUCUCUUCGCGCUUGAGGAGAGCCCGAGCGUGCAGAACACGAUGUACAAGAUGUGCGAGCAGAUUCUGGCUGCUCAACCUCUUCUUCAGACGGUCGACUACUCACUGCCUAACAAGCACUACUUCGAAAUCGACCUUAGCUGGCAUCACGGAUUGAAGAAUACCGGCAAAGAUGCGGAGGUCUAUGCUCCGCAGUCGGACCCCAAUGGUCUGAUCAAGUGCACAGUUGCACGAGACGAGCUUGUACCAUCGGCCAAAUUAUAG